AAAUCCAGUUGAUGUAUUGACUUUGAUGUGAAAAGACAAAAAGAGUUUUAAAGAUUUAUAAAGAACUUCGUUGUGAUUUUUUAAAGUGAAAGUGAAAAAAGUUGAAUUAAAACAUGAAAUUGAUAGUUGAGGAAAAUCCUUUGGUAAUUGAUCCAUCAGAAUUACUUCGCCCAGAAGCUGAGUUUACGGAGAAAAGUGUAUCAAAGUUUCGUGAUUAUACCAUCGAUGAAAAUGAUCCUUUAAAGGAAAUGGUCAGAAAGACAUACCGACAAAUGCACUUAAACCAAACAGUUGACUUUGUCAAGCAAUGCCACAAGAGAUGGAUGAACUUUGAUCAUCUUAAGAUGACAACACGUGAAGCUCUUGAGAAGCUGAACGAUUUGAUAGAUGAAUCAGAUCCCGAUACUUCAUUACCUAACAUUGUUCAUGCUUUUCAAACGGCUGAGAGAGCAAGAGAAGAAUUUCCUGAACACGAUUGGCUACAUCUGACCGGGUUAAUUCAUGACCUGGGUAAAAUUAUGGCCUUUUACGGCGAGCCACAAUGGGCUGUCGUUGGCGACACGUUUGUUGUGGGAUGUCGGUGGUCUGAUAACAUUGUUUAUCGAGAUGAGAGCUUCAUAGGUAAUCCGGAUGGCAUUAAUCCAAAGUAUAACACGAAGUAUGGAAUGUACAAGCCAAACAUUGGCUUAGAAAACUUGAUGUUGAGUUGGGGUCAUGAUGAGUAUAUGUACCAGGUGCUGAAACAUAACAAAAGCACUCUUCCGGAACAAGCACUUAAUAUUAUUCGUUUCCACUCAUUUUACCCUUGGCACUCUUCAGGAGACUACGAAUAUCUUAUGAAACCCAAAGAUGAAGAAACGAAAAAAUGGAUUUUGACUUUUAACCGCUACGACUUAUACACAAAGUCUACUAAGAUCCCAGACAUUGAUGAACUUUGGCCUUAUUAUCAGAGCUUGAUUGACAAGUACAUGCCCGGUGUUCUCGAUUGGUGAUGACUAUAACUUGCUUGAUUUAUUUACAACAUAAAUAAACUUUAUCAUCUAUUCUUAAUAUUAUUAUUACUAUUCCCUUUUUCAAUUAACAAGGAUUUAUCAAUUUACAUGCGUUUGAGCUUGUAUUUAUUUAUGUUAAUAAAAGCAAAAGAUAUUUACAUUCAACAUGCAUUACAUAUUGCUAGUAGCAAACCAAAUUUUCAAUUUAGAUGUAAAUCUUCAUUAUUUAUUAUACUGCAUUAUUUCAGCUUCAUGUAAGAAGCUUCUACACCGAAGACAAUCGUUUCGAUUUUGUUAAAUUAUUUAAACAUAAAUUUGAAUGAAAAUCGAUCGAUUUAUUUUAAAAUUUUAAAUCUUAAAGAACAGAGAUUGUUUCUCUGUAUAUUCUUGUUGAAGAAGCUUAACCAUAAUUAUUAUUUAAUUAAAAACACAAAAUUAAUCAUUUUCAGUUCUUUGAUGUUGAGUGAAGGGCUUUGAAAAGUUUGCUUUAUAAAUUUGAUUAUUUUAUGAUAAGCAAACGAUGCUUCAGACGAUUUAACUUUUCAACAAACUUACAAAAACUAUUCUCAACACAUAAUAAUAAAUUUAUAAUUAAAAUGUUGAAGCUGUCUAUAAACUUUCAAUAAA